CGUGCGCGGGAGAAGGAUCGUUUAUAGUGCAGUAAGAGCGGAACCAGCACGGGACCGGAGCUCCGGAGGAAUAAGGAAGGUCUAGUUUGUGUGCAGGGGUAUCGCUGUUGCAGUUGCUGUUGGGUUGAUUGGACAGCAGCACACCAGCGUGCGGUUAAGAGCCGCUUUCAGGAGUACCUCACCUGUGGUGGAUGUUUUUCUUCUGCUGCACUAGACUAGCGGGGUAGAUUGGGUACUCCCCCACCGGUACGGGUAAUAUUAGAAGAAAAACUAAACUAAACAUUGUGGCUAAACAUUUAGCUCGUUUUUGAGGACUGUAUUAUAUUAUCAAACCAAGAAGCACUGACCUCUGCAAAUGAUUGACACGACAGCGCUGAUCUGCCCCGCAGACAGAAGGCUUGAAGGUGUAUAAUACCUGCCGUGCAUCCUGUCGGUCUGUCUGUCUUUACCUCGGAACAUGGUUGCAGUUCCACACAUAGACGGUAAAAUAAUGUUCCGAAGAUGCCUGGUCACGUUCAAACCUUUUCGGAUCUUUGUGGUGGGGAUCGGAUUCUUCAGCCUGUGCUUCUUAAUGACGUCUCUGGGGGGGCAGUUCUCAGCCAAGCGACUGGGAGACUCUCCCUUUACCAUCCGUGCAGAAGUACUCGGGGGCCUAGAGUCCCGAGGGGUGCUGCGGAAGAUCAGCGACAUGCUUGAAGUGAUAAUGAAGCGAAUCGACUCCCUCUCGAAGCGGGACAACAUGAGCGACACACGCAUACUGGACGAGCUGAGCUCCGCCAUAGACAGGUUCCAGCCGGCUGGUCUGAUCGAGCGAAUCCAGGCGAUCGCGCAGAACGUGUCCAACAUGGCAAUGAAGGUGGAGCAGAUCCUCCAGAACAGCCUGGCUGCAGGCAGAGUUAGAGAUGGAAGAGCCAAUCGCUGUGAGGCUCCUCAAGAUCCCAAAUACCCCGACUGCACCAGCAAACUGGAUUGGAUGAGAGCCCGCUGGACCUCGGACCCAUGCUAUGCUUUCUAUGGGGUGGAUGGCAGCGAGUGCUCCUUCCUGAUCUACCUCAGCGAGGUGGAGUGGUUCUGUCCGCCCUUGCCCUGGAGAAACCACACCGCUCCGACCACCCCCAAACCCAGGGGCAAGCGGCAGGCGGCGUUCCGCACGGAUAUCGGGGCCCUGCUGGAGCAGGUGGGCACUGGGAAGGAGUCUCUGAUCUUCAUGAAGAGGCGGAUCAGGAGGCUGGCAGGGCAGUGGGGUCAGGCUGCAAACAGACUGGGGGAGAAACUGAAGAGGAGCUGGAGGGAGAGGAAGAAGAUUUUGGUGCACAUUGGGUUCCUGACCGAGGAGUCGGGGGACGUGUUCAGCCCCAAGGUGCUGAAGGGGGGGCCGCUGGGGGAGAUGGUGCAGUGGGCAGACAUCCUGACUGCUCUCUACACACUGGGGCACAGCCUGAAAAUCUCCAUCUCUGCCAAGGAGCUGCAGGGCUUCCUGGGUGUGCCACCAGGACGAGGAAGCUGCCCCCUGACUGGACCAUUGCCCUUUGAUCUCAUCUACACUGAUUACCACGGGCUGCAGCAAAUGAAACAGCACAUGGGCCUGUCCUUGAAGAAGCACAAGUGCCACAUACGAGUCAUUGACACGUUUGGAACGGAGCCCGCAUACAACCACGAGGAAUACGCCAUGCUCCACGGAUACCGCACCAACUGGGGUUACUGGAACCUCCACUGCAAACAGUACAUGACCAUGUUCCCUCACACUCCAGAUAACUCCUUCAUGGGGUUUGUGUCGGAGGAGCUGAACAGGACACAGAAGGAAUACAUUCAGAGGAAUAAAGUGAACAACAUGGCUGUAGUGUAUGGGAAGGAGGCCAGCAUGUGGAAGCUUCAGCAGGGGAAGGAGAGGUUUCUGCAGAUCCUGCAUCGCUCCAUGGAGAUCCACGGCACGGUGUACUACGAGACGCAGCGCCCCCCUGAGGUCCCCGCCUUCGUAAAGAACCACGGCCUGCUGCCCCAGAAUGAGCUACAGCAGCUCCUCCGCAGAGCCAAGCUCUUUAUCGGGUUUGGGUUUCCCUACGAGGGCCCCGCCCCUUUAGAAGCCAUAGCCAAUGGAUGCAUCUUUCUGCAGCCCAAGUUCCGCCCAUCCCACAACUCCCUGAACCACGAGUUCUUCAGAGGAAAGCCCACAUCGAGAGAGGUCUCAUCCCAGCACCCCUAUGCAGAGCAGUACAUUGGAAGGCCCCAUGUUCUCACUGUGGACUACAAUAACUCCGAAGAGUUUGAGUCUGCCAUCCGAGAGGUCAUGACAACCAAGGUGGAGCCUUACCUGCCCUAUGAGUACACAUGUGAGGGGAUGCUGGAGCGGGUCCACGCCUACAUCCAGCACCAGGAUUUCUGCAUCCCAGGUGUUUCCAUCGGGAACGAUUCUAAAGUCUGGCCUGGGAACAGCUCCAGUCACUUUGUCCGUUUGCCAGACUCCAGCGGCCUGGCCUGGGCUGGGAGUGUGGCCGGCCCCUCCACCUGGCCCCCCCUGAGUGCCAUGAGGCUGCUGCUGUCGGAGGAGGGGAAGUCCUGCAUUGACCAGUGCCAGGACCACAGUCUGGUCUGUGAACCCACCUUCUUCCACUUCAUCAACAACAAGGAGGCUUUCACCCAGCUCCAGAUCCAAUGCGAUGCUCUCGAGUCUGAAAUGAAUCACAUCUACCCAGCAUUCUCCGUGAGCAGGCGGGACUGCUGCCUCCAGAAGGAGCCUUUGCUGUUCAGCUGCGCCGGGUUCCACAGCAAAUUCCAGAGACUGUGCCCCUGCAGAGACUUCCGCAAGGGCCAGGUGGCGCUCUGCAGGGACUGCUUAUGAUGGAACCCCUGAGAGCAGGGCAGCCCUGCAACACGGGGCUCCUGGACAGCUCUGAACCCCUGAGAGCAGGGCAGCCCUGCAACACGGGGCUCCUGGACAGCUCUGAACCCCUGAGAGCAGGGCAGCCCUGCGACACGGGGCUCCUGGACAGCUCUGAACCCCUGAGAGCAGGGCAGCCCUGCGACACGGGGCUCCUGGACAGCUCUGAACCCCUGAGAGCAGGGCAGCCCUGCGACACGGGGCUCCUGGACAGCUCUGAACCCCUGAGAGCAGGGCAGCCCUGCAACACGGGGCUCCUGGACAGCUCUGAACCCCUGAGAGCAGGGCAGCCCUGCGACACGGGGCUCCUGGACAGCUCUGAACCCCUGAGAGCAGGGCAGCCCUGCGACACGGGGCUCCUGGACAGCUCUGAACCCCUGAGAGCAGGGCAGCCCUGCGACACGGGGCUCCUGGACAGCUCUGAACCCCUGAGAGCAGGAGGGUCUGUCCACAUGGGUAGCUCUUUGAAACUUUGACGCAGCUUGACAAGCCAAACUGAAAGUAACAACAAACUCAUGAGGUCAUCACACAGCUGGUUCUUCCACUAUUUCAAUCCCAGUUCCAAAACACUGCUCAAGCUGGAUACAACCUGGGCAUGAUCAGAGCUGCACUGAUGCACACUGUCCCUGCCCGCAAGGGCUGUCUGACCCCCAGGGAUCUAGGCAGCUGCUGGAACCCCUCCUGGAAGCAUUACACAUGAAACAUCACUGUUUCCUUAUCAAAGAAGGAGCACUUUGUUACUGUAAGGAAAAGGCUUGUGGUACAAUUUGAACCUUACAGACUGAGAGAAGAUAUUUUUGGAAAUCGCACGUUGUCUCUGAAUUGAACUGAAGGAUUUGGAAUUUUGGGUUGUACAGAACAAAAGGGAACAAAUAUUAUUUUAUUUUAUUUACUUUAGUGCUUCCAGUCAGUGCAAUAAUGAUAAUAUUGAUAAUAAUAAUAAUAAUAAUAAUAAUAAUAAUAAUAAUAAUAAUAAUAAUAAUAAUAAUAAUAAUAAUAAAAAGUAUAACUUUUUAUGUAAUUAACAAUGUCAUAAAAAUGUCUUUU